UGACUUUAUUCGAUUAUUUUGACUUUAUCACCAUAAUUAUAAAUGUUUAUCUCAUUAAUGAUUGACCUCAAAAUUAUGGGUCCAUCUUAAAUAAUAAACUUUUUUUUGUCUUAAGACUAUAUCUCGACAUUUUAAUUUCAUAAUUGAAAAUCAUGACUAUAUUUGGACUAGUUAUUUUAUAGUUGACUUAUUGACUCUCUCAGUCAUCUUUUUAUCCCAUAAUUAUGACAUCACAAAAUUAUGACCAUGUCUCACAAUGUUGACUUUAACAUAUGCGGUCCUCUCCAAGGUUUCUCAUACUCAUCAUUGUCACUGUCACCGACGUCCCACUGGGGGGAGUUUUCCUUGCCCUUAUGUGGGCUCUACCGAGGAUGUCGGUGUGGUUUGUGCAGCCCUUUGAGACACUGGUGAUUUACGGCUGUAUAAAUAAACAUUGACUGAUUGAUAACUGACUUAUAUUAAUUAUUUGAAUUAUAAUGACGAUCUCAAAAUGUAUACUCUUUAAUGUCAUAAUUGACUUAUCUCAUAUAUUUAAAUUAUUAUGACUAUGUUUACCUAAAUGUUUGCCUGACCUCAUAAUUAAUAUUUAUCUCAAAAUAUGACUUAACAUUUUCACUCAUUUUAUAUUUUACUUAUCUUAAAUCUUUGACUCUAAAAAUUUACUUUUUAUGGCAUAGUUAUAACUUCUCUCAAAAUUAUGACUUUUAUCUCAUAAUUGACAUUAAGAGAUAAGUCAAAAUCAUGACUUUAUCAAAAUAUUUACUUUUUCUUUCAUGAUUAACUUAUUUCAGAAUGUCGACACUUUAUGUCAUAAUUAUGAUUUAUCUCAAAAAUGAAACUUUUUAUCUCAUAAUUGACUUAUCUCAAAAUUAUGAUAUCAAAAUGUAGAUUUUUUUUAUGUCAUAGUUAUGACUUACUUUUGGAGUAUAUUUUUCCGUAGCCUAAAAGGGGCUUCCAAAGAUUUUGACCCAAACCUCGCUAAAGUGAAAGUAGCCUGCCAAUGCAAUGUCUUGGUUCGACCAGCAGAGGACGGUGUUUAAUAUUUACACAUGCGGUUGGGAAUCCCGGGAGAUUUGCAGUGUUAUAAUUUUUUUGUCACCUGAACAGCAAACCUCAACAAAGAAGAUGUCGAUUGUGAAACUGAAAGUGUGCAGAGUUGCCGGGCAGCUGAGGAUGUGAAAUCAACGUGGUCAGGAACCACUUGGGAGGACGACAACUCUGCUGGGAGUCAGCAACAUGGCCACCUUCCCGCUGCUCCUCCCGCUCAUCAUGGUGUGCAUGGCGUCCGCCGCUCGCCCGCCCCGUCACCGCCCUCCGUGCCGCACGGUCCAGAUGAGUGUGGUCGUCUGCAGUGAUCUGAGCCUUACCAGCGCCCCCUUCAACCUCCCCCCGGGCGUUCAAACGCUGGACCUCUCGCACAACCAGGUGCAGAACCUCACCCUGGAAACCCUGGCGUAUCGAACGGACCUCCGUCACCUCAACCUCAACUCAAACAAGAUCCUCUUCAUCCAGCCCGGACUCUUUGAAAACAUGACUGAUCUUAAAGUCCUGGAUCUGGCCGGUAAUCACCUGAACGUCUUCGCACUCUCUAAAAACAAAAUUGGGACUCUCACAGCCGUGGAGACUCUUGAUCUGUCGAGCAACGGGUUGUACACCGGGAUGUCCGAUUUUUUAAUCGCGGACUCGCCGUCACUGCUGGAGCUGUCCUUGAACAGUAACAGCAUCACCAAAAUAGCACAAAACACUUUCAGGGGAGCUUUGUCCUUGAGGAAAGUUAGCCUCCACAACAACGUCAUUUUAGAGAUCGAAGACGGCGCCUUCGACUCUCUGGAUCAUCUCACUGAGCUCGACUUGUCCAAAAACUCCAUCACGUGUAUCACGGACUUCAACCUGAGUCGGUUAAAAGUGUUAAACCUCAACCAGAACAGUAUUGAGAUUUUCCAGAGCACGAGAUCGACCGACUUGUACGACUUACUAUUUCUGGAUUUAAGUGAGAACAAGCUGGCUCGCUUUCCGCUCCUCCCAGCGAACAACACCAUCCGGCAUCUAGACCUUUCACGCAACCAGCUGCAGAGCAUCAACAUGACCGACAUGCCAGAAAUGAAGACCCAUGUGGUUUUGAAUCACCUGAGAUACUUAGACUUGAGUUACAACCAACUCAAGGACACGCCGCAGUCCUUUUUCCACACAAUGACAUCCCUGGAGGUGCUGAACGUGAGCAACAACUGCAUAGAUUCGUUUUCUAUCGACGAUAAGAACCUUCUCCCCGCAGUGACAAUCAUCAACCUUAACUAUAAUUCUUUACAGAGACUUUCAUUCGGCGAAGCUACUCUACAAUCCUUGCGACAGCUUUUACUACAAGGAAACGACCUUAGCACCCUUGAACAGGAAACAUUUAAAACAUUUCCAAGUCUAAACCUCCUGCAGCUCCAGGAAAACAACCUGAAAGUCUGUCCCUCGGAUACAAAACUAUCUCCGUCGGACCCCAACCACAUCCAUCGUCCAGACUGUGUCUCUUUCUCUUUCAUUCCCAGUCUAAAGUCACUUUAUCUUUCUCAGAACAACCUAAAUAGUUUACCUUUAAGGGCAUUUGCUGGCACCCGUCUGAGCCUGCUGGACUUGUCCCUCAAUCCGGGUUUGGAAAUGCAUCCUGACUCUCUAUCCGGUCUUGAGCACACCCUAAUCCACCUGUUCCUGAGGGAAAACAACAUUUCCAAGCUGAACACGGACAUUUCCUCCUUGACAAGCCUCAAACUGGUAGACCUGUCCACCAACCAGUUAACCAGUCUCCCCACUUUGACCAGUGAGUCGUCCAUAGAAACUCUUAAUCUGCAGAACAACAGCUUAGUCACCCUAGAGCACAGCACCAUGGUCGCUCUGGAACGCUCGCUGAAAACGCUCUACGUGGGUUCCAACCCUCUCAACUGCUGCAGCAACCUCGGCUUCCUGUACUUGGUCCAGCACUCCGCCGUGGUGGUGCCCGACAUCGAGACAGUCACUUGCCUUCUCCAGGAGGACUCGGAACCGAUCAAUAUAAAAAAUGUAAACCGAGAGAUGUGUCAUCGACCGAAGAAAGCGAGCUACAUCUUCGGUAUCGUCGUGAUCGUGCUGUUCACGAUGAUCACGUUGGGACUGCUGGUGAAAUACUGCAAGUCGAGGAAACGGAAGCGCAUCAGAAGGUUUAGCGUAUGAACAACGCGUAGGGAGGACUUAUUCCUUUUUCGAAGGGAUGUGAAACCUUACUUUGGGUUUAAAAUCUCUGAUUUGUACGGAGUUACAAAGGUUGUGCAAGAAACCUUUCACAAGAAAGGAUGGGGCGAGGUACACCCCUUUGUCCACAACUGGGUGAGCAAAUAGUCAAACAGUUUAAGAACAACGUUUCUCAAAGUGCAAUUGCAAGAAAUUUAGGGAUUUCAACAUCUACGGUCCAUAAAAACAUCAAAAGAUUCAGAGAUUCUGGAGAAAUCACUCCACGUAAGCAGCAACCUCACUUUGGGUUUAAAAUCUCUGAUUUGUACGGAGUUACAAAGGUUGUGCAAGAAACCUUUCACAAGAAAGGAUGGGGCGAGGUACACCCCUUUGUCCACAACUGGGUGAGCAAAUAGUCAAACAGUUUAAGAACAACGUUUCUCAAAGUGCAAUUGCAAGAAAUUUAGGGAUUUCAACAUCUACGGUCCAUAAAAAUAUCAAAAGAUUCAGAGAUUCUGGAGAAAUCACUCCAUGUAAGCGGCAACCUCACUUUGGGUUUAACAUUUCUGAUUUGUACGGAGUUACAAAGGUUGUGCAAGAAAGGAUGGGGCGAGGUACACCCCUUUGUCCACAGCUGCGUGAGCAAAUAGUCAAACAGUUUAAGAACAUCGUUUCUCAAAGUGCAAUUGCAAGAAAUUUAGGGAUUUCAACAUCUACGGUCCAUAAAAACAUCAAAAGAUUCAGAGAUUCUGGAGAAAUCACUCCACGUAAGCGGCAACCUCACUUUGAGUUUAAAAUCUCUGAUUUGUACAGAGUUACAAAGGUUGUGCAAGAAAAAAGACUAGCAAGUAUGCCAAUUUAGUAGGCCACUUUAAGGGGUAUUUACCAAAAGGUAUUUACCUUUUGGUAAGUACCCCCUAAAGUGGUCUACUAAAUUGGCAUACUAGUGGUUGGACUGUCUGUAGGUCGUGAGUUCAAACCCCGGCCGAGUCAUACCAAAGACUAUUAAAAAUGGGACCAUUACCUCCCUGGUUGACACUCAGCAUCAAGGGUUGGAUUUGAGGGUUAAAUCACCAAAAAUGAUUCCCGGGCGCGGCACCGCUGCUGCUCACUGCUUUCCUCACCUCCCAGGGGGUGAACAAGGGGAUGGGUCAAAUGCAGAGGACAAAUUUCACAACACCUAGUGUGUGUGUGACAAUCAUUGGUACUUUAACUUUAAUUUGUCAACUUUAACCUGGAGGUGACUGCAGUUUUGGACUAUUAAUGUCUAGUCAUGGUGUCCUGUUUGGUUAAAUGAAAAAUGGACUUCUCCGCUGCUCUUUCCUGGGACAGAACAUAAAAUGUUGGCUUAUUUAGGGAGACACGCCUCCUAGCCUUACCCUUAUUAUUAGCUUAGCUUCACAUAGCACAUCCCAAAAAGUGGAAAUGAAGGAAUAGUAGGUGAAUGAAAGUUAAAUCUGAUACAAAGUUUUUAAAAACUCUCCUGAAGUUGUUUAAUUUUAGCUAGUAGAACAAGGCUAACUGGUCUUUAAGCUAGUUUCUUUUUAAAGCUAGCUUCUGGCCUCACUUUGGCAUCAAUCUGAUAACGCUAAUAACAAGCAACACAAUUCCUAAACGGCCAAUUUUCUAGAAAACAAACAAAGCACUACAAAAAGCAAGGUAAGAUUGUAAUUACCGUUGUGAGAUGAAGUAUGAAAGUGUGGCAGUGAAGAAGUCACGUGACAUGAGCGUACACUUUAUGUGAUUUGCACUUUAGGCUUUCUAUGGUGUGUGUGUGUGUGUGUGAUUGUAUCAGUUGUGAACACUAAGGAAUAAUACUGAAAGUCAUAGGACUAUAAAUGGUCGGAGUAAUCCGUUAUUUAUUUUUCUAUUUUAUAAGCCAAGCUGUGUAUUUUAACUGUGUUUUACAUAGCAUGUAUAAAUAUAUGAUUGAUAUAAAUGUAUGGCGCAUAUAUAGUGAAAUUAAAGGGCUGUGCUGUAUUGUGGUGACACACUGACAAAAUGUGAUUAAAUGUAAACCUGUGCACACUGUAA